UCAUCAUUCGGGGUGUACAAACAAGAUGGCGCCCAAUUUGUAAACGUAGGUGUGAGCUGAUAAGACAUAGCUGUUUUGAGCAUUUGCAUUUUAUGUAUGCUCGACAGUAUUUUACAUUUUAGACAUUGACAUUAGGCCUUAGAAAUGAAGUCGGAUGUGGAGGAGUUGAUGCCGAAGCUGCUGCCGGUGGAGUGUGGAGAAAGAAACGAAGACCUGGACUUCAGUGGAACACCGAGGAACCCCCAAGAGUACCUACGACAGGUCCAGUUGGAGGCGUCAUUGUGUCCAGACGUGGUGGUUGCUCAAAUCGACCCCAAGAAACUUAAGAAAAAACAAACAGUUAACGUAUCUGUGGCGGAGUGCCAUGCUGCUCCUGUAGGUUUCUCCCCCAGCUUAAGUUGGCAACAGCAGCAAGUCAGUAACUUUUCUGAAGUCAGACAGAGCAUCACAAAGAACAGGCAACACUGGAGUACCCAGACUCUGGAUGACAAUGUAAAGAUGCCAAGGCUAACAGACGAGGAAGGCUGGAAGAGGUUUUGUUUAGGAGAGAGGGUAUACCAGGGCUCUUCAUCCUGCCUCACAGAUUCAGAUCAAGAUCCAGCACUGGACUAUAGCAAGGUGGGGUUUCCUCCCUUCUUAAGCAUUGUAAGCAGACUGAACCAGAGCACAGUACUGACAGUGUUGGACAUCCUUAUCAACUGGUUUGAAGAGCAAGAAUUUGUUCCACAGUUGGGUUGCUGGUUGUAUGCUUUGUUGGCCUGCUUGGAGAAGCCCCUUCUGCCUGAAGCCCACUCCUCCAUCAGACAGCUGGCCAGAAGAUGUGCCCAGCUCCGAAGCACUCUGGAUAGUCAAGAAGAUGAGAAACUGCCUGCCCUCAACCUACUCAUCUGUCUAGUUGCCAGAUAUUUUGAGCAGAACGAUCUGGCAGACCAGCAGGAGUGAAGAGGAAGCAGAACCGUUCGAUGAUGGCUGAUCCAUACAUGGUCCAUGUGCUGGUCAUGACAGUGGAAAAUGAAAAGCUUUGAACCAUCGUGACUGCACAAAUCCACAAGUAGCUGUAAAACUCACUGGGAUAAAUGCCGUGGUUGAUCCUAAAGGGAUGGACCAGGAACAAGACUUUUCUAUUUGUAAAAUGAAUCGUUUUAUGGGCUGAGCUUGUUCUGAUACAACUGAACAGCCAAAGCAGAAUGUCAUUCGUUGAAGACCAGUGGAACUUUCUUUUAAUUUGAUUUACCUUUUUGUCUAUUAAACUGAUUUUUAAGAUAAUUGCUUGGUGUUGACACAAAAUCUUGAUUAUUUGACAUCAAAUCUGUUGGGAAGUGUGGAAAAUAGAUAUAAGGACCUAAACAAGGUUUCAAGGUUUCUGUGUUUAUUGACAAUAUUAAUCUAUUUGAUUUUAAGUUGCAGAAUGCAAAUAAUUCAGCACAUACACUUAAGGCUGAUCUUCAACUCAGUAUAAGCAGAAAACUACUUUCUACACUAAACUGAUUAUUACAGUAGAAGAUUAAAACAAAAGCACAUUCCACACAGACUUUAGCCAACACCUCACCUUUAAUUCUGAGCAAUUAUGAUUUGGUACAAAAAAAAAAAAAAAACCCAAACAUUUAAAGUACAACAGUUGAGCAAAUCACACUUGACAUGUAGGCGAUUUAACAGCAAUGUCACAACUGAACUACUGUAUAUGAAUUGUCACUCCUACCAGCUAUCAGUACCCCAGCCUUGCCAUCAGAAGAGGUGAAAAACAACAACAAAAAAAACAAAAAAACACCACUGCUUCUUCCAAAGUGUCAAAGGACCUUUUUGACCCCAAAUGUCAGACUAAGGUCAAAAUAUCUGUUUUGAAAGAUGGGAUCCAGACAUCUCUCAAGUCUGGCCCAUUUGGUCCAAUUACAAAACCAAUUAAAUGACAUCGGCACACAUUUACCAAAUAAAAGAAAAAAGGUGAUAGCAUAUAACCAUCCAUUACUCUGGUUUAAUUUGGUUAUUCCCAAUAAAUUUGAUGUCGAGAAGUCGACCUAUGUUAAAACUUCCAGUAAUUAAAAAUUGUGUUUUAAGGAGAAAUGUGUUUAAAAACUUAGGUCAUGUUGUAAAUAGCUGGAGGUUUAACUCUCCUCACAGAAGACAAAUCGCAUCACCGUCUCUUGUCCUUCCUGUCUCUAUCUUUAUGCUCCCUAUCACUCCGGGAAGACCUGCCCCUCCCUUCCUCGCUCCUCCUUUUUCUCCUCUCCUUUGAUCCCUUCGAGUCCCUCCCUCCUCCACUACUCCCUCCUUUCUUGUGGUGACUUCUCUCUUCUCCUUUCUUCUUGUCCCUGCCUUUAUCGGAUGGCCUCCUCUUGCGUUUGUUGCCGUCUGGGCUGCGACUUCGGCUACUGCUGUUGGACGAGGAGGAAGAGGAGGAGGAUGAGGAUGAGGAGGAGCGACUGGAUCCGGAAGAAGAUGACGAACUUCCGCUGGAGGAGGAGCCAGAGGAGGAAGAGGAGGAGCUGCUACUGUGACUGCGGCGUUUCUUCUGUUCCUUUUCCUUCUUCCUUCCUCUGGCACCGUCCUCGUCCCCCUUUGCAGGGUCGGGGAUGCAGACCUCCUGGGAAUCAGGCAGCUUUUGAGGGGCCUCCUCGCCUGAAUUUCCUUUCUCUGUCUGGGACUCAAUUUUUAAGUCUUUAACAUUACUUGGUGGGCUGGAGGAAUCCUGUGUGAGGGUAGUGUAGGCCAUUUGGAGUUCUUUGGUAGGAGAAGCGCCCUCUGUUGCAGGAGGCUGCGCGGCUGGUUCUCCUACAGCGAAGCUGGGCUCGGGUUGACGACUGUAGUCUGGUGGUUCUUGGCUGCUUAUGGCUGGUUCAG